AUGAAUUACUCAAAGGUCAACAAUGAAUGGGGAUGUGACGCAGUUGAAGGCGAUCACGAAGGCGGUGUAGCAACGACCGGCAGAAAAUGGAGACACGACAAACCGAAAUCGCUUGAUAUCAAAGAGCAUCGAAAAGAAAUGAGCAGACUACCUUCCCCUCCAUCCGAAGAGGAUAAUGCUAGACCCCCGUCUCGCGCCCUCGACCCCGUGCCACUCACCUCUUCCAUCCGAACGACCCCGAUCCAUCCCCAACUACCAGACAUACGAAUCCCGGACGAUGCAAAAAUACCAUCUACUCACUACCACCCAGUAACAUGCGAGCCACUAAACAUCGCCGAAAUCCAACCGCAACUCCAACACCUACGUAAAGAGUACCCGUCGAUGACGGCAAUGCUCAAGGCGCGCGAAGAUGCCGUGAAGGAAAUCAAACAGAAAUUGGAGGAGAAGGACAGGAAGAGGGAUGAGAUCCAGAAGGCGUUGGAUAAGAAGGUUAAAGAAUGGGAUGUGGAGUAUAAGAUUUUGUCGAAGUAUCAGGCUUCGAAGAGUUAGGUUUAUGAUAGAUGCUCGAACUCGGCUUCCGGGAGUGACAUCUCCUAUCUUUGGCUGAGAGAAGUACUCAUCUCAUCGCUGAUGCGCAUGUAAUAUUGGCGCAUGUGAUCAGGCAGUCUUAUUCAUUGUUUCGCACCACAGUGCGACUAAAUCAAGAAUGUCGGGAUGGCCUACGAGGGCUUCCGAAAUCCUGUCAACACUCGGCACGACACGGCUACACGAUCCAUGCGAACGUGAGAAAUCGAAGAUCGACAGGCAAUACACGAACAAUAGUUCAACAACAACAACAAGAACAAGAAAUAUCCAGCUGUCUAAUACCUUCCGCCAUGAAAUCAACCAGCACGUGCAAAUCGGCAUUUUUACCGAUCCACAAGCUCUGUUCAUAACCCCGAAAGAGCUCCAAUCCGUACUUAGCUACACUACUACGGGCUUCGAGCUGGACAAAGGGGAAAUCGGCACGAUCUCACAGAUAAGUAACACAAUCACAUGUCAAAGACACGA